AAAGUUCCCUUCGCCGGCAGUUUCGUCGAGAGUAAAUCUGUUUUUGAGGAGUGUACGAUAGCCGCAAGUAUUCGAACGAGAAUGGGGUUCAAGACGUUAGCAGCUCAAGUGUUCUUCGUCCUCAUGGUGGCUGUGAUGGUUGCCGAGGGCAAGAAAGAUUUGGACCUUGCCCGGCCUAAGAAGUGCGGGCGCAACGAGGUAUGGAAGGAGUGCCAGAGCAGUAGCUGCGCCGAGACCACCUGCCAGAAGCCUACCACUGGACCAGCCUGCACGUACGACUGCGUCUCCUCGUGCUUCUGUCGCGAGGGCUUCUUCAGGAAUAGCCAGCGCGUCUGCGUCGCCAGGAACCAGUGCCCUUGAGUCUUCACAAGAAUGAAAGUUCACAAGAAGAUGGAGACUGGAAGUGAUGAACAGCGGAUGAACAAAAACACGUUUAAUAAUCAGAAACUUGGCUCUAAGCUAGGAAUUCUCUUGUUCGGCAAGUCUUAAUACUAAAGAUUCAACCCUGUUACAUUAUGUCUCUCAUUGGCUUAAUUCCUUUUCAAAAGAAAUUAUAACCGGUGAUUAAGUUGUUUUACUGAAUGCAAAAUCGGAUUUCCGGGGAAGUGUACGAAAGUGGUUUAACUAUAUGCGUGCGACUAGCGUUUGAGAAAACUGAGACUAAUUUAUUAAGCCGCUGUGUCGUCAGAGACGACGAAAAUCAUCCAUGAAGUUCGUUUCGCAUACCGCGAGAUGACGUGAAAAUCCAGGAUGAAGCGUAAACACGCCAACACACCUCACAAUGUAGCAAUCACCGCUCUGUUAACGGAAACAAUUGCAGUUUUUUACCGCAGCCCACACGAGGAGAUGGGCACUUUGUCCACGUACGAGGAGAUGCUGCCUCUGGCAUCUGACCUGGACAAUUAACAGGAAGCUCCAGCUAGAGGACCCCUAUCUAAAUACAGGGAAAGUGGGAAAUAUUUUUCUUGGCAGCCACUGCACCAAAUUUAUUGCUGUUUGUAGCACUUAAGAGGAAAAGAAAUGAGCGACUGUGAGAAGAUGAUCUUUUAUUUAUGCCAUCAAAUUGUUAUUAGUGGUAGUUAAAGGGACAAAACUUGAAACAAAAAAAAACUCAUAAAUUUACACCUUCGUAACUGAGCAAUCAAAAAGGAUGUCACAAUUGUGUACGCUUAACUUACUGAUACAUUUAAAGUGGACAAAAUCGACGUGUUACACUCCGCUCUGAAGUAUGCAGAUAAUUUGUGACCAGUACUUCAGCAAGACCCCCAUAAAUAUCGUAGCAAUUUCACGUAAGCUGCAAAUUCACAAGUCGAAUAGGUCCUCUUUACAUGCGCUAGCUAAUGCAGUUUACAGAACCGCGAGAUCUAUAUUUGAAGCAUAUUUAUGGACUCGGAAAUGUCUUGCAUCAUUAUUUUCUUUAAUUUACCAAUUAUUGGGAGCUGUAGUAAAACAUCCAAAGUUUAAAAUCAUAAAUGUGCUUGCCACAGUCACCAGAAUUUAACAUUUUGUCUAGCAUUCAACAUAUUUCAUUUAACUUUAUUCAAUGGUUAGCUUAAAAGAGCACUUAUGCGCUUUACACGUAUUUGAAUAGAGAAACCGGAGUGAAUUGUCCACCCUAGCUGUCUUCGGGUCAAAGGAGUACACACAAAGAUGGAGACAAACUUUGUUGGCUGGUGUCUCGUAGGCAAUUAGAAUGACACAAGCAUCAUUUUCAUUUUCUCACAUUACCAUUCGCCUUCUCUAUUUUUCGUUCUGUUUUCCGUCACAAAAGCUGAGCAUGCUUGCUUAUGAUACGUUUGUUGUCGUUGAUAUGACGUGAACGCACGCGUUUGACUAAAAUGCAUGUUCUCGUG